AUGGUCUGGCUGGGGCCCCCUUUGCUGCUCCCCAUCGUCUUCCUGGCUUCUCAUGUUGGUGCGGCAGUGGACCUGACGCUGCUGGCCGACCUGCGCCGCUGGGAGCCGCACCGGUUCUACCUGACCUGCGUGUCCGGGGAGGUGGGCGCCGGCAGGGGCGCGGAUGCCUGGGGCCAGGCCCUGCUGCUGGAGAAGGACGACCGCAUCGUGCGCACGCCGCGGCCCCGGCCCCCGCCGCAGCUGGCCCGCAACGGCUCGCAGCGCAUCACGCUGCACGGCUUCUCCAAGCCCUCCGACCUGGUGGGCGUCUUCUCCUGCGUGGGCGGCUCGGGGGCCCGGCGCACCAGCGUCCUCUACGUGCACAACAGCCCUGGGGCCCAGCUGCUCCCUGACAAAGUCACACACACGGUGAACAGAGGGGACACGGCUGUGCUUUCUGCGCGUGUGCUCAAGGAGAAGCAGACAGACGUGAUCUGGAAGAGCAACGGAUCCUACUACUAUACCCUGGACUGGCACGAGGCCCAGGAUGGGCGGUUCCUACUGCAGCUCCCAAAUGCACAGCCACCAAUGAGCGGCAUCUACAGUGCCACCUACCUGGAAGCCAGCCCCCUGGGCAGUGCCUUCUUCCGGCUCAUCGUGCGGGGCUGUGGGCCGGGGCGCUGGGGACCAGACUGUACCAAGGAAUGCCCAGGCUGCCUGCAUGGAGGUGUCUGCCAUGACCAGGAUGGCGAGUGUGUAUGCCCCCCUGGAUUCACUGGCACCCGCUGCGAGAAGGCCUGCAGAGAGGGCCGUUUUGGGCAGAGCUGCCAGGAGCAGUGCCCCAGUCCAUCAGGCUGCCGGGGCCUUACCUUCUGCCUCCCAGACCCCUACGGCUGUUCUUGUGGAUCUGGCUGGAGAGGAAGCCAGUGCCAGGAAGCCUGUGCCCCUGGUCAUUUCGGGGCUGACUGCAGCCUCCAGUGCCAGUGUCAGAAUGGCGGCACCUGUGACCGCUUCAGCGGCUGUGUCUGCCCCUCCGGAUGGCAUGGAGUGCACUGUGAGAAGUCAGACCGGAUCCCCCAGAUCCUAGAUGUGGCCUCAGAACUAGAGUUCAACUUUGGGACGAUGCCCCGUAUCAACUGUGCAGCUGCUGGCAACCCCUUCCCAGUACCAGGCAACAUGGAGCUCCGCAAGCCAGACGGCACCGUCCUCCUGUCUACCAAGGCCAUUGUGGAGCCAGAUAGGACUACAGCCGAAUUUGAGGUGCCGAGUUUGGCUCUUGGGGACAGUGGACUCUGGGAAUGCCGCGUGUCCACGUCUGGUGGUCAAGACAGCCGGCGCUUCAAGGUCAACGUCAAAGUACCCCCGGUGCCCCUGACCGCUCCUGGGCUCCUGGCCAAGCAGAGCCGCCAGCUUGUGGUGUCCCCACUGGUCUCCUAUUCUGGGGACGGACCCAUUACCUCUGUCCGCCUGCACUACCGGCCCCAGGACAGCACCAGGGCCUGGUCCUCCAUUGUGGUGGACCCCAGUGAGAAUGUAACCAUAAUGAACCUGAGGCCGAAGACAGGAUACAAUGUCCGUGUGCAGCUGAGCCGACCAGGGGAAGGCGGGGAGGGAGCCUGGGGGCCUCCCACCCUCAUGACCACAGACUGUCCUGAGCCCUCGUUGCAGCCAUGGCUGGAGGGCUGGCAUGUGGAGGGCCCUGACCGGUUGCGAGUGAGCUGGUCCUUACCCUCGGUGCCUGGGCCGCUGGUGGGCGAUGGUUUCCUGCUGCGCCUGUGGGACGGGGCACGGAGACAGGAGCGGCGGGAGAACGUCUCAUCCCCCCAGGCCCGCACCACUCUGCUGACGGGACUCACGCCUGGCACCCACUACCAGCUGGAUGUGCGGCUCUACCACUGCACCCUCCUGGGCCCUGCCUCGCCCCCCGCACGCGUGCUUCUGCCCCUCAGCGGACCCCCAGCGCCCCGACAUCUCCAUGCUCAAGCCCUUUCGGACUCUGAGAUCCAGCUCACGUGGCAGCGCCCAGAGGCUCCGGCUGGGCCGAUAUCAAAGUACAUCGUGGAGGUUCAGGUGGCUGGAGGCUCCGGAGACCCGCUGUGGAUGGAUGUGGACAGGCCCGAGGAGACAAGCACCAUCGUUCGGGGCCUCAAUGCCAGCACACGCUACCUCUUCCGUGUGCGGGCCAGUGUCCAGGGUCCCGGUGACUGGAGCAAGAUGGUAGAAGAGUCUACCCUGGGCAACGGGCUGCAGAGCCAGGGCCCAGUCCAAGAGAUCCGGGCAGCGAAAGAGGGCCUAGAUCAACAGCUGAUCCUGGCUGUGGUGGGCUCCAUGUCUGCCACGUGCCUCACCAUCCUGGCUGCCCUCCUAACCCUGGUGUGCAUCCGCAGAAGCUGCCUGCAGCGCAGACGCACCUUCACAUACCAGUCAGGAUCGGGUGAGGAGACCAUCCUGCAGUUCAGCUCAGGCACGUUGACGCUCACCCGGCGACCAAAACCACAGCCUGAGCCGCUGAAUUAUCCGGUGCUGGAGUGGGAGGACAUCACCUUUGAGGACCUCAUCGGGGAGGGGAACUUUGGCCAGGUCAUCCGGGCCAUGAUCAAGAAGGACGGGCUCAAGAUGAACGCAGCGAUCAAGAUGCUGAAAGAAUACGCCUCUGAAAAUGACCAUCGUGACUUUGCGGGAGAACUGGAAGUUCUGUGCAAAUUGGGGCAUCACCCCAAUAUCAUCAACCUCUUAGGAGCCUGUGAGAACCGAGGUUACUUGUAUAUUGCUAUCGAAUAUGCCCCCUAUGGAAACUUGCUAGAUUUUCUGCGGAAAAGCCGGGUCCUGGAAACAGACCCAGUUUUUGCCCGAGAACAUGGAACAGCCUCCACCCUCAGCUCCCGGCAGCUGCUACGUUUUGCCAGUGAUGCUGCCAAUGGCAUGCAGUACCUGAGUGAGAAGCAGUUCAUCCACAGGGACCUGGCUGCCCGAAAUGUGCUGGUUGGAGAGAACCUAGCCUCCAAGAUUGCCGACUUCGGCCUUUCUCGGGGGGAGGAGGUCUAUGUGAAGAAGACAAUGGGGCGGCUCCCUGUGCGCUGGAUGGCCAUUGAGUCCCUGAACUACAGUGUCUAUACCACCAAGAGUGAUGUCUGGUCCUUCGGGGUCCUCCUCUGGGAGAUCGUGAGCCUUGGAGGCACACCCUACUGUGGCAUGACCUGUGCUGAGCUCUAUGAGAAGCUGCCUCAGGGCUACCGCAUGGAGCAGCCUCGGAACUGUGAUGAUGAAGUGUACGAACUGAUGCGUCAGUGCUGGCGAGACCGCCCAUACGAGCGACCCCCCUUUGCCCAGAUUGCGCUGCAGCUGGGCCGAAUGCUGGAAGCCAGGAAGGCUUACGUGAACAUGUCGCUGUUUGAGAAUUUCACUUACGCGGGCAUCGACGCUACAGCUGAGGAGGCCUGA